AUGGAUGAUGAAAUCAAAAGGUCUGAUCUAAACUCUCAAUCUCACGUCUCUGAUGAUUCCUUACCAGCUCCCUUUUCUCAACCUCCAAGGCUAGAAUCCCCUCCGCUCAACCCUGAGGAAAUAGCAGCGGCAUCCCCUUACUUUCCUCAUCCUGGUAUCGAAAGAUUUCAACAAUUUGCUGUUCCAAUACCUCAAUCGGCCUUAGGCAAGCAGAAAUCUUCAACAGGUUCUACUAGUGCCCUUAAGCCUGAAAAAGAAAUCUAUUCCAAGACUCCAAGAUGUUUUGAGGUUGGUGAAUCAUCAAAGCGCAAAAGUUCACGUCCUGAUCCGAAGGUUUCUUAUGGGAAUCAAAGACACAAGAGUAUGGGUGCUGAAUUAGGAGAGUUCCAUAAACCUCCUAAGAAAAGGUUAUGGUGGAAUACGUAUUCUACAGCAGAUUAG